AUGGAUGUUAGACCUUUCACUUUCAGUUAUGCUGAACUAAAGACGGCGACAAACAAUUUCGAUUCUGCUAAUAAGUUAGGAAAGGGUGGAUUUGGACCUAUCUAUAAGGGAUCACUUGAAGAUGGAAGAGUGAUAGCUGUGAAGCAACUGUCUAUGACUUCUCAUCAAGGAAAGAGCCAGUUUGUGGCUGAAAUUGCCACAAUUGGCUAUCUUGCACCAGAAUAUGACAUGCGCGGACAUCUUACAGAGAAAGCCAACAUGUUUGCUUUUGGUGUUGUGGCGCUUGAGACUAUCAGUGGCAGGCCGAACUCUGCUCCUAAUUUGGAAGAAGAACAAAUAUUUCUUCUUGAAUGGGCUUGGAAGUUACAAGAACAAAACAAUGAAGCUGAUCUUGUGGAUUCAGAGUUAUCUGAAUUUGAUGAAGAUGAAGUGAGAAGACUCAUAAGAGUAGCUCUUUUAUGCACUCAAACAUCACCAACAUCAAGGCCAUCAAUGUCUAGAGUUGUGAUGCUUUCAGGAGAUAUUGAAGUAAGAACUCAAAUCUCAAGGCCUGGUUACUUGGCUGACUGGAGUUUGGAUAUUCUAAGCAACAUAUUAAGUGAUGUUGCAACUAUAGGAACUAAUUCUACCUACUAUGAUUCACCUGCUAGUACGAGCAUGGUGGGGGAUGCAUUGCCAUCACUUGCCAAAGGCGCCACUCGUCCAAUUCUUCAAAGCAACAAGUCCAAAGGCUUUGGUGUGCUGACAUUUGGAAGAUCAUAA